GGAGAAAGAGAGAGUGAAUCGCAAAUCAGAAUGCAGAGAUCAGGAUAUGGAUCGGAGGGAAUAUUCAGGUCUCUAAGGCCUCCACUUGUUCUACCAAAGGACCCAAACCUCUCACUCCUUUCACACCUCUUCACCAGAGUCUCUGCCUUUCCCUCCAAACCCGCACUCAUCGAUUCUCACACCGACCAAACCCUCUCCUUCGCGCAACUAAGGUCGCUAACCGUUAAACUCUCCCACGCGCUCCUGCGCCUCGGCGUCACCAAAAACGACGUCGUCCUCUUCCUCGCGCCUAACGACAUCCGCUACCUCGUCUCCUUCCUCGCCGUCACCGCACUCGGCGCUGUCGUCACCACCGUCAACCCCGCCUACACCACCGCGGAAGUCUCCAAGCAGGCCAAAGACUCCAAUCCCAAACUCCUCGUCACCGUCCCCGAACAAUGGGACAAGCUCAAACACCUCCACCUCCCCGCCGUCUUCCUCCGCUCCCACGCGCCGGCGCCGCCCGAGGCCGGCCACACCUUCGACGCGCUGCUCGAGCUCGCCGCGUCGGCGACCGAGUUUCCGAGUGUUAGUGUGGCUCAGAGCGACGCGGCGGCGCUGCUGUACUCUUCCGGGACCACCGGUGUCAGCAAGGGCGUGAUUCUCACGCACGGGAACUUCGUGGCGUCGUCGUUGAUGAUUGGAAUGGACGAUGAAUUGGCGGGGGAGAUGCACAGCGUGUUCCUCUGCGUUUUGCCGAUGUUUCAUGUGUUUGGUUUGGUGGUGAUUUCGUACGCGCAGCUUCAGAGGGGGAAUGCGGUGGUGUCGCUGAAGAAGUUUGAGUUUGAGCUUGUUUUGAAGACGAUUGAGAGGUUUAGGGUGACGCAUUUGUGGGUUGUGCCUCCUAUUGUCCUUGCUCUGGCCAAACACGGUUUGGUUGAUAAGUAUGAUCUUUCGUCGUUGAAGCAUAUUGGUUCCGGCGCUGCUCCUCUUGGGAAAGAGUUGAUGGAGGAGUGUGCUAAACGUUUUCCUCGUGUCAGUGUUUGUCAGGGAUAUGGAAUGACUGAAACUUGUGGGAUUGUUUCUGUGGAGAAUCCGAGGAUGGGGAUUCGGAAUAGUGGCUCCGCCGGGCCGCUAGUUGCGAGAGUGGAAGCUCAAAUAAUCAGUGUGGAUACGCUGAAGCCCCUGCCUCCUGGACAGUUGGGGGAGAUAUGGGUACGGGGUCCUAACAUAAUGCAAGGUUAUCUCAACAAUCCACAGGCCACAAGAUUGACUAUAGAUAGAAAAGGAUGGCUACAUACAGGAGAUCUUGGAUAUUUUGAUGAGGAUGGGCAACUUUUUGUUGUUGACCGUAUCAAAGAGCUGAUCAAGUAUAAAGGUUUUCAGGUUGCACCCGCAGAACUCGAAGGGCUUCUUGUUUCUCACCCUGAAAUACUUGAUGCUGUUGUCAUCCCAUAUCCCGAUGCUGAAGCUGGUGAGGUUCCAGUUGCCUAUGUCGUUCGUUCCCCCAAUAGUUCACUGACUGAGGAAGAUGUUCAAAAGUUUAUUGCUGAUCAGGUAGCACCUUUCAAAAGAUUACGAAGGGUGACCUUCACCAAUGCUGUUCCCAAGACAGCGUCGGGAAAAAUUCUCCGAAGAGAGCUUAUUGAGAAAGUAAGAUCUAAAAUAUGAUGUCGUGAUAUAAUUUAUUAUUUCUUAAAACUAUUUUCGGGGUAAAUUGUGGGGUAGAAUGCAAGUUCAGAGCAAAUUCCGAUAGAUAUGUAUCUGGCUGGGACUAGUACUGGAACACUUGGAUAAGGGAGUACUCAAUAUUUCUCAGAAAAUAUAUCAACUCAUGUAAAAUAAUUGCUUUGCUGUUAAAUAAAAUAAACAUUUACUUUCUGUCAAAA